GUUAUCGAUAUAUUAGUAAAAUAAAUAAGGGCCAGCUCAUCUAUCUUUAAAAUUGUUUCUGGAAAUAAUAUGUGCAAUAUAGUUUAAACAAUGAUUAAAUUAUUGUGUGUGUUUUCGCUAUUUUGUUAUGUUAAUGGAGUAAUGUUUCAUUUGAAACCCAAUUUGCAAAGAUGCUUAAAAGAAGACAUGCAACCAAAUCAAUUGGUAAAAGGAGAAUAUGAAGUUUCUAACAUACCCGGCCAAAUAAUUGAUUAUGUCGCUCGGGAUACUAAAGGUCACAUACUUUCGAAAGGAGAACAUAUCACCAAAGGCAAAUUUACUUUUAUGUCUGAAGUAUAUGAGACGUAUGAAAUAUGCUUCAUUUCGAAAGUGCCGCCACAUCAAAGAGGCAUAGAACAGGAAGUCAGCCUUAUCACUAAAAAGGGCGUAGAAACCAGAACCUACGAAGGCAUUCAAGAAGCUGCUAAACUCAAGCCGAUGGAGGUAGAACUUAAGCGCUUGGAAGAUUUAUCCGACUCUAUUGUCAGAGACUUUGCUCUGAUGCGAAAAAGAGAAGAAGAAAUGAGAGAUACAAAUGAAAAAACGAAUAGCCGGGUUUUAUUUUUCAGCAUAUUUAGCAUGUGUUGCUUGCUUGGUCUAGCUACAUGGCAAGUUUUAUAUCUACGUAGAUAUUUUAAAGCUAAAAAGCUGAUCGAAUAAUGAAUAAAUGAGUUUAAUUUAAUUACACGUAGUCUUUUUAUGGAAAUAUACAUCUUAUUUUACGUGCUUUGUAAGAAAAAGAAAAAAUUGUAAAAAUUGAAAUAUAUUUAUUUGAGACAUUUAUUA